GUCUUUAGACGCGGUAUGCGUUCGCGCUUGCGCUGUACGUGGUCGUAUGCAGAGUGCAGAGAUAUCUACAAACUUCACACCGAUGUAUCGUCGAUAGUCGCUGAUACUCGUUGCUUCCUUGCCAGGAAGGCUAAGUGGUCGGUCGUUGACUUCGCGUAGACGCGGGUGCGGCGUGAUGUCGCAGUGAGUGAGGGUGCGGUUUUCGCAUUUUUUCGACGCGAGAUCUCGUUGAUCGAGAUCGGGCUGGAUGAACGUGCAUGCACUCGUACAUGCUGCGUGCGUGCAUGCAUACGUGCGUGCGUGCGUGCAUUCGUGUGAGUCUCACCUCUCUCUCCCAUUCCCUCUUUCUUUCCCCUCCUUCUUUUACGUACGCUCGUGUACACACCGUAGUUGUUAUCGCGGUAUCCUCGACGCGUCGCGUCGCGUCGCUCAGCGGCGGACGCACGGAAGCGGGAAGGGAAGCUGGAGGUAGGUUAUGAAAAAAUCGUGCAAACACUGGACGAGCGUGAGUAAUAUAUCGGCGGUCUGCCUGUCUAAGACGAAGCGUAAUCGCACGACUAGUCUCGGGGACGACAGUCUGCUGCGCUUUUACAUGAAGGAACAGGAUAUACCCGAAUACCUGGAGGGCUGCGGCCUGUCAGCCUGCACCGCGAGCUCGGCCAGCUGCGACAUGCCCGAGGACGUAGUGGUGAUGCGCGACACUAAGGAGAAGAAGCUCUCGACCGCCUCGAUCGGGAGCUGCAGCAGCAGCCAAAGCGACACCAAGAAAAUCGUCAUGGUCAAGCAUCCGGAGUCGAACAAACCGAAGCCCACCACGAAGCGGAGCAAGCCGAUCCGAGCAGACUUGGAUGUGACUAAGGAAUUUAUUCGGUGCAAGGAGGAAUGCGUGAAGCGGUUGGACCUCAGCAAGGCCAGCAUCACGAAUCUGCCCAGUUCUGUGAAAGAGUUGACACAUCUGAGAGAGCUGUACCUCUACGGCAACAAACUGGCGACCCUGCCGGCGGAGAUCGGCCGUCUAGCGAACCUGGAGACGCUCGCGCUGAGCGAAAACUCGCUCACCAGUUUGCCCAACACCUUGGAGAAUCUGACAUCGCUACGGGUACUGGAUCUGAGACAUAACAAGCUGAAUGAGAUUCCAGACGUGGUGUACAAGCUUACGUCGCUCACCACAUUGUUUUUGCGUUUCAAUCGCGUCAGGUAUGUUAGUGAUAACGUGCGCAACCUGACGAAUCUCACCAUGCUGAGUUUCCGAGAGAACAAGAUCAAGGAACUGCCCGCUGGAAUAGGCGAACUAGUUAAUCUUAUUACCUUCGACGUCUCGCAUAAUCACCUGGAACAUCUGCCCGUGGAGAUUGGCAAGUGCGUGCAGCUGUCCACUUUAGAUCUACAGCACAACGAACUGCUCGACUUGCCGGACACGAUUGGUAAUCUGGUGUCGCUGACAAGAUUGGGUAUUCGGUAUAACAGAUUGACGCAUAUUCCGGCCUCACUGGCGAAUUGUAAGGCAAUGGACGAGUUCAGCAUAGAGGGCAAUCAGGUAUCAUGUUUGCCAGAAGGUCUGUUAGCAAGCUUGUCGGAACUGACAUCGAUUACACUCUCCAGAAACAACUUUACCAAGUACCCGCAAGGCGGGCCGGCCCAAUUUGUAAACGCCUAUUCCGUCAAUGUAGAGCAUAAUCAGAUCGACAAGAUACCCUAUGGCAUCUUCUCUAAGUCCAAAAACCUCACGAAACUGAACAUGAAGGAGAAUUUGUUAAACACUCUGCCGCUGGAUAUCAAUUGUUGGGUGAACAUGGUCGAGCUGAAUCUGGGUACUAAUCAGCUGACGCUUCUCCCGGAUGACAUACAGUGCCUGCAAAGUCUGGAGAUAUUAAUACUCUCCAACAAUCAACUGAGGCGUAUCCCGACCACUUUAGUGAAUUUGCAGAAGUUGCGAGUGCUGGACCUGGAAGAGAACCGCAUCGACCUGCUACCGAACGAGAUCGGCUUCAUGAGUGAGUUGCAAAAGCUUAUCCUGCAGUCGAACCUGAUCACCGUAUUACCUCGCACGAUCGGUCAUCUGAAGAAUCUUACGUAUCUUAGUGUGGGCGAGAACAAUCUGGCUUACGUGCCAGAGGAGAUUGGCACCCUGGAGAACCUGGAAUCGCUUUACAUCAAUGACAACCCGGGCCUGCACAAUCUGCCAUUCGAACUGGCAUUGUGCAAAAAUCUUGGUAUUAUGUCAAUUGAAAACUGUCCACUGUCGCACAUACCGUCGGACAUAGUCAAUGGUGGACCAUCAAUGGUCAUUCAAUUUCUCAAGAUGCAUGGUCCUUAUCGACCAAUGUAAUUGUCGAUAAUUAUUUUGUUAAGGUUGCGUCUUAUAUAAGAUUCAGAGUCACGUGGAUGUCGAUUCUUAAUCAUGAGAAACAA